GCCUGAUCUGUAUGCUCCUGGGCAUCUCCUUCACGGUGUGGUUCACCCUUCUUCUGGUGUUCAUCAUCGUACCUGCAAUCUUCGGUGUGUCCUUUGGGAUCCGCAGACUGUAUAUGAAGUCCCUCAUCAAGCUUUUUGAGAAAUGGAGAAACAGUGUCCUGUUCUUGAUGCUUGAAGAUUCUCAUUUUGGAACUGACAACAAAGUAUCAAAGAUUUUACUUACUUUGGAUAGCGUUAACCAAAUCACUAGGUCUAAUGCAUGCUUUAAUGCUAAAAAGAUUUUCCACCAAUGCUCUGUAAUUGAGAUGCCUCAAGAAUAUUUUUUUUAAAUCACAAUGUGUUUUUCUAAAUUAAAAUCAAAUCCUGAAGUCCCUAAAUGUUUUUAAUUUUUGUAAUAUUUUUUUUGCAUAAUGCAUGCCAGUAAGAGCUAUGUGUAUGACCUAAAAUAAAUUCUGAUGGUCUCUUAUGGUGCCACUCUCCUCUCAUCCAUCUGGACUGAUGUAGUCACUCGGUCCGACCCUCUCCAGACUCCCUAAGAAACUCCAGAUGGCUUUUUUCCAGUGACUAACUUCUCCGUACUCUUCUGUCUGGUGACCCUGAACAGGGUAGCGAGAUUUAGUCUGACAAGCAGCUUGACUGUUCACUCUUUCCCUAUCCUGACCUUCGCUUCCGCAUCUCCCAGAGUCACAGCAUCAUCAGCGCCUGCGAGAGUCACUGUUUACUUUCACACAGUGCAUGGACAUCUUUCCACACUCAGUGCUCAGCUGCUGUCCUUGCUUGACUAAUCCACAUUAAUGAUCCCUAAGGGAAAAUUCAGAUGCAGUAACAGCAACAUCAGAUGUUGUGUGUACACGUGUACAUACAUGUGCAUGUAUAGAUAAACAAGGCUAAACAUAGAAAACAUUUACAGGGUUUCUGUGGGUCUUUAACAAGUCUUAAAAAUAAAUCUCACUCAGUAUUUAAUUAAAAUGCACUUUUUUGGAGCAAUUGACUCAAAAGAAUUGGUUCAUAAAAUGUUCAAAACACAUUCAUUAAAAAAUGCAUAAAAUCUGGAUAUUAUUAGGAUUUUGGUUACACAAGUAUAUCUGGCAUUUAAUACAACAUUAACCCUUGUUGCUUUGUUGUGGGCCUUUAACGAAGCAUUUUAUUUAACGCAUUAAUUAUAAAGACUAGUAUUGGCAAAAAAAUAUUUUUAACUUUUUCUUUAAACACAUUAUUUUCCUAUCAGCAAAAUACAGUAUCGAUCAACAUAUAAAUUGUAUUUAUUGAAGUAUUAGUGGUAAUAAAAUCUGGUAUUCAUGGUUUAUUUUGGGGCUGUAUAAAUUUGUUCAUGGGCAACUCUAUAAUUUUAAUCUUAAAAAAGGUUGUACAUCUUAAAUUAGUUUUUGAAACCUAUGCAGAAACGCUGUAUUCAGUUUAGUAUGAUGCAGCAGCAGCAUGUUUAAGACAGACGGGUUCUUUUAGCAUGUUCGUUUCAAUCUGAACUGAUUCGUUUGGGUCAAGUGCCCCUAGAAACUGCGUUUUAAGUAAAUAUUUGGUUAAAUGUUGUUUAUUGCUUGUUUAAAAGAGGUUUUAAAGGUUUCAUUGUUAGUAAUUGACAGAUGUUUUGUGAAUCAUUGAAAAGAACUGGUUCAAAUUAGGUCGGUGUUACUGUCAGUGGCUGAGCUCCAGGUUCUAGUGAAGACGCAUGGAUCAGCCGUUGUGUUCUCCUCCCUACUGGUGUUUUGGGCGGCUGCCUGUGAAUCUGUGGGAUUGACUCCCUAAAGGCUGUUUACCGCUUGAAUGUUGUUUGUUUCCCCGUCCUCAUGACAGCUGUAUGAGCUCUCGUGGGGUCUGGAGUCCAGCCUGCCUUGGGGAUAUAUAACAUGGUGUUUACAAGAGGAUGAUUAAGUGAUUCAAUUAAGAUGUCAUGACUCAUGUAAUGUAAUUCCAUAAGGAACCGAUCAUCCAUCACCAGAACAUGAUGAAACGAUUCAUGGGCGACCUUAAGAAUGGAGCGAGGAGCCAAAGAGAAGAAUCAGCAUCUCUACAAACCCUACAGCAAUGGGAUUAUUGCUAAAGAGCCAGUGUCCCUUGAACAGGAGAUCCAGGAAAUGAGGCGUGGUGGUGCGGAGCCUGAGUUUGACAUGUCUGACAUCUUCUAUUUCUGCCGGCGAGGUGUGGAGAGCAUCGUCGAUGACGAGGUGACCAAACGCUUCACGGCAGAGGAGCUGGAGUCCUGGAACCUGCUGACCCGAAGCAACUACAACUUCCACCACAUCAGCACCAGGCUCACGGCACUCUGGGGGGUGGGAGUGCUCAUCCGCUAUGGGAUUCUGCUCCCACUCAGGGUCACGCUUGCUUUCACCGGUGUCGGUCUUCUCGUGGUUCUGACAUCAGUUGUUGGACUGUUUCCAAACGGAAGAAUAAAGAAUUAUCUCAGUGACAAGGUUCAUCUGAUGUGUUACCGGAUCUGUGUAAGAGCCCUCACAGCCAUCAUCACCUACCAUGACAGUGAGAAUAAACCCAAAAACGGAGGAAUCUGCGUGGCCAAUCACACCUCGCCUAUCGAUGUCAUCAUCCUGGCCAGUGACGGGUGCUACGCUAUGGUGGGUCAGGUCCAUGGCGGUCUGAUGGGGGUCAUUCAGAGGGCGAUGGUCAAGGCCUGUCCUCACAUCUGGUUUGAGAGGUCUGAAGUGAAGGACCGACACCUAGUGGCCAAACGAUUAAGUGACCAUGUUGCAGACGAAAGCAAACUGCCUAUCCUCAUAUUCCCAGAGGGAACUUGUAUAAACAACACUUCAGUCAUGAUGUUCAAGAAGGGAAGCUUUGAGAUCGGCUGCAAAGUUUACCCUGUGGCAAUAAAAUAUGACCCUCGUUUUGGUGAUGCGUUCUGGAACAGUAGCAAGUUUGGGAUGGUGAACUACCUGCUGCACAUGAUGAGCAGCUGGGCCAUUGUGUGUAGCGUCUGGUACCUUCCACCAAUGAGCCGUAUGGAAGGGGAGGACGCUGUACAGUUUGCUAAUAGGGUCAAAGCAGCCAUCGCUAGAAAGGGAGGACUGGCAGACUUAUUGUGGGAUGGUGGUUUAAAACGAGGGAAAGUCAAAGAAGUUUUCAAGGAGGAGCAGCAGAAACUUUACAGCAAGGUUUUAGUGGGCAGCAGUGAAGACCGCAGUCGCUCGUGAAGGGAUGCAGCUGUCUUCUUGACUUCAACACGUGCUGCUAUGUGCUCACGGCGAGAGCCUGGAACCUCAGCGGAUGCCGUGCGGCCCUACACUGGCCCCUUCAUGAACCUGCUCGAGCUGAACUGAUGAAGUCAUUGGGAGUUGAUGGGAAAAUGGUGCAUCCAGACCCUCAGAUCACUGCUGCGCCUCAGGAGCUUUUGCAUCAUUGCACGAUUGUCUCUGGCAUUCAAUUCUUGGUCUAUGAUUUCAGUUUAGAGUGAGAGUUACAUAUGGCAUAUUUACACAGUCUGUUACAGUUUUGAAUAUUUGUGCUCUGAUACUAUAAUGCAUGAUGUCCAAGGAGAAGAAAGAGUGGAAGAGUUUGAAGUAAUUUAUUUAAGCUUGAAAAAAAAAAAAAAAACACAGGAAAAAGUGAAAGGAUCGUGUGCGUAGAACUUUAGUGUUGGUAGAGCCAUGAAGAAUAAUGUCCGUUACGUGUUUAGCUGCUCAACAUUCAUCUCCUCAUGGCUGCCUCUAUAAUGUGCUCUUCGGUCUGUUUUUUUUUUUUUAAUGUUUUUUAAACAAUGUGACAUCUACUUUUUAAUUUGUACUUUUAGACAUUUUUCAAACAUUAUCGAAAUGUUAAUACCUAACCAUUUAGGAAAGAGUACUGGCAC